AUGAGUCCCGAAAAUGCGGGUGACGUCACGCGUAGAGAAGGGCGACGGAGGAAGUACGGUAUCACGCAUGUUGUGAACUUAUCGAUCUCUUGUCCACGGCCGAAAUCGAUUGAGAACGACAAGAAUUUCUUUCGAAUACCGGUGAAUGACUCGUACCAGGAGAAGUUGUCACAGUAUUUCGACGAAGCAUGGGUGUUUCUAGAAAAGGUGCGCACGGAAGGAAAAGUGGUGCUGAUUCACUGUCUUGCGGGAAUAUCAAGAAGUCCGACGCUGGCCAUUUCAUACGUUAUGCGAUACAAGAACAUGUCAUCUGAAGACGCUUAUAGGCUGAAGGAAGAUGAUGAUGAUGUGAAACACAGUAUUGACAACGGCGAAUCAUCGGGUCUCACACGAAAAUUACAGACUAGUCAAGGAGAAACGCCGUCGAUUUCACCGAACUUCAACUUCAUGGGGCAACUGCUUGAAUACGAGCAGUUACUGAUCAAGAAAGGCCUCUUGUCAGCAGAGGCCUCAUCGAAGCGUAUUGAUCGACCGAUUUCAUUCAAGCAGGUUUUCGCUGCCGAGGAUUCUGACGAGCCAAUUUGUCCAGCAACGAAAGUUCCAAAGUCGGCAUCUGCACAUUGCGUGUUUUUCGAACGGCCACGCGACAUUGGUGUACCAGUAGCUCGAGUGAACGAGAAUGGAAAACGCGGCCUUAGUGAUCCUCUCGAUCGACCGAAGGUGCUUGGUCUGUACAAUGCGGAAUCAAAACGAAUAGCGGCCGAAGAACUGCCGUCACCGUCUACUGAACUCUCAAAGCUUACCUUCACCGGUCUUCCCUCGCCAACAUCGCCAACUCUAGGGGAAGGCCGGAGCUUGUCGCUGUCGAAUCCCUGCUUUGUCUCACCAACGAGAGAAACGCUUCAACCCGAGACGGUCACUCAUACAGAAGAAUGCGAGACGAGUCGGCGCAGCUAUUUCAAGCAUCGUUUCGUGUCACUUUUUAAGUCCCAUCCAAGUCCGACGUGUUGUGUGCAAUCGCCACAGUUGACCGCUAGUCGUCCGGAGAAUCUCCAGUCAUCUGGCAUUCCAUUCUUCGGUAUCAGCAGAAAAGUCACGAAGACCAGUCCGCUGGUAACUACAGCUGAAGAAGCAGAAUCACCUGAAUCUGGCUAUCAGAAUUUUCGACUACAGUUUCCGCAACAGUGUGAAAGUGAGCAUCCUGCGAGCGGUGACGGCGGCGGCAGAAUUUGCGGCAUGAGCCGAUUGUCGGCCAGCAUCUCACAACCGUGUUUAUCGUCGAUCAGUUUAAACACUGAUGGUCCUACACAGAUCUUCCCGUUCAUGUACCUGGGCAGUCAACAGGAUGCACUUGACGAGGAGAAAAUGAAGAAGUACGGUAUCACGCAUGUUGUGAACUUAUCGAUCUCUUGUCCACGGCCGAAAUCGAUUGAGAACGACAAGAAUUUCUUUCGAAUACCGGUGAAUGACUCGUACCAGGAGAAGUUGUCACAGUAUUUCGACGAAGCAUGGGUGUUUCUAGAAAAGGUGCGCACGGAAGGAAAAGUGGUGCUGAUUCACUGUCUUGCGGGAAUAUCAAGAAGUCCGACGCUGGCCAUUUUCAAUACACUAGUCAAGGAGAAACGCCCGUCGAUUUCACCGAACUUCAACUUCAUGGGGCAACUGCUUGAAUACGAGCAGUUACUGAUCAAGAAAGGCCUCUUGUCAGCAGAGGCCUCAUCGAAGCGUAUUGAUCGACCGAUUUCAUUCAAGCAGGUUUUCGCUGCCGAGGAUUCUGACGAGCCAAUUUGUCCAGCAACGAAAGUUCCAAAGUCGGCAUCUGCACAUUGCGUGUUUUUCGAACGGCCACGCGACAUUGGUGUACCAGUAGCUCGAGUGAACGAGAAUGGAAAACGCGGCCUGAGUGAUCCUCUCGAUCGACCGAAGGUGCUUGGUCUGUACAAUGCGGAAUCAAAACGAAUAGCGGCCGUAAGAAUAGCCGAUCAAACCGCGUUACUGGAACUCUCAAAGCUCUACUCUUCCACCGUUUUCCGCCAACCCAUCGCAACUCGGGGGAGGCCGCGGAUAACUUGUCGCUAUCGCAAAUCUCUUUGUCUCACGCAGCAAACGCGAGAGACUAACUAG